AUGUCGACGGAGGAAAGGGAGGUUUACCAGACUUAUGUCGACACCAAGCAGCUCAGCCGUUUGAUGUGGCUAGAGAGUACAGCAACUGAUCAGGUGCCCUCGUUCGUUUUGCCAGCCUUCGAUGCUUUGAAGGCCUUGUUGGGCCGCUUGUAUUUGCGUCAGCCCAUCAUGUUUGCCUGUGGGGAAGGGCGAAGAGCCAUCGCCUGCCCUGUCAAGAUCAAGGCCGCCGGGAUCCGCAAGGUGCGAGAGCAAGGCCACGUAGGCCGGAUGGCAGAUGCAGGCAGGUCGACGACGGCCUCCACGUCGCACAUGCAACCUGGAAGGAAGAGGUGGAUGCUUUGCAGCUACUGCGCCAAGGCUUGCGAGGCACCGAUGUCAGAGCUGUCCGACAUGCAGAAUCAGGUGCACAUAGCAACAUCCGAUUCGAGAUCGGGCGACAGGCUUUGCUCCCGGCACGUUGGACGAGCAGAAAUGCUUCAAAAGUUCAUGCAGCGGGCGUUUGCUGUUGCUUCUGGCCCAGCCGAUGAGGGCCAACGUGACCGGAAAAGUGGCAUAAAGCUUGCCGAGCCACCUACAGGCGACAGGCCGUGGCACAAGUGGCUGCAAGUUGAAAGACCAGCGGCAGAUGAGAACGU